GUCAUCGUUCUUAAAUGAACGGGAAGUGGGUCCGUUUUUCAGUUCAUUAGUCUCUGAAUUUUGGCCGAAAACAAGUGUUCUCUCUCUCUCGUUUUUUUCCAACCAUUCAAACUAACUUCCAAAGUUUUUUAGAUCAAUCUCAUGGAGGAUCGCAAGGAGAAAGUGGCUCCAUGGAUGAGUGUUCCACAAUUUGGGGAUUGGGAGCAGAAGGGAGAAGUGCCUGAUUAUUCAGUUGAUUUCUCAAAAAUAAGGGAAAAUAGGAAACAACACAAAAGGGAUUUAUCAAGGGCAAGCAUAGGGAAUGAAGAGGAGCUAAUGGUUUCAUCAGCAACUCCCACCACAAACACACCUCAUUCUCAUGCUGAUGAAAAUCAUCAACUCAAUCCCACCAACAGCAACUCCCCAACGACAAGGAAGAGCAUAUUGAGCUACUUCAAUUGUUGUGUGAAAGCAUGAUUACAAACUCAAAUUCACCAAUCUUGAUUAAUGAAGUGAUGGUUUCUCUCAAGGUUUUUCUCACAUUUGGUUUGUAAGUUGUUAUAAGAACAUAAGAAACUCCUUUAAUUGAAGUUAGAUAAAUAUGUAUUCUUCUUUAUAUCUUUCUCCUAA